GGGGGGUCUCGGUCACUAUGACCGGAAACGGCUCCAGUCGGGACGGACCGAGCGGAACCAUCGUGGGGGCGGAACCGGCGCGGCGGGAGCGCGGGACGGGAGCGAGACGGACCGGGCGGAACCACUGUAGACGGGGCGCGGGGGAGGGACGAGUCCACGUCGGCGGAGCCGGCGCGAGAGGCUCCGCCAUGGACGAGCCCCGGCCUCACGGUGAGUCCCGUGAUACCCCAGGCCCGGUGCCGGUUCCGGUGCCGGUUCCCUCCGUGACCCCCCGGGCCCCCUCAGACUCCCGGGAGGCGCCGGAGCCGCGGUCGGGACCCUCCGUGGCGGUGCCGCUGCCGGAGCCCCCCGAGGACGGGGACGAUGCCGACACGGCCGAGCUCCUGGCGGGGCAGCGGCAGCCGCGCGGCUUCUGGACCUUCGAGUAUUACCAGGCGUUUUUCGACGUGGACACGCGGCAGGUGCUGGAGCGCAUCAAGGCCUCGGUGCUGCCGGUACCGGGGAAGAACUUUGUGCGUCACCGGCUGCGCAACAACCCCGACCUGUACGGCCCGUUCUGGAUCUGUGCCACCCUGGCUCUGGCUCUGGCCAUCAGCGGGGACCUGUCCCAGCUCGGCGCCGCCCGCGGGGGCCCCGAGCACCGGUACCAGCCCCGCUUCCACCACGUGCCCGUGGCCGUGACCCUCAUCUUCAGCUACGCGGGGCUGGUGCCGCUGGGGCUCUGGGGGGCCCUGAGCUGGGCCCGGGGGGGCUCGGGGGGCUCCUUCAGCCUCCUGGAGACCCUCUGUGCCUACGGCUACUCCCUGGCUGCGCUCGUGCCCGCCGCUGUGCUGUGGGCGCUGCCGGUGCCGUGGCUGCGCUGGGCAGUGCUGGCCGUGCUGGCCGUGCCCUCGGCCGCAGCUCUGGCCGUCACCUUCUGGCCGCCCCUGAGGGCCGGUGGCCGCGUGCCCGCGCUGGCCGGGGGGGCCGCGCUGGUGGCCCUGCACACCCUGCUGGCCCUGGGCUGCCAGCUCUACUUCUUCGAGCCCCUCCCCACAGCGGGAUCUGGGGGGGCCCCCGUGGGGAUCCCCCCCUCCAACGCUUCCCACCCUGCACGGUGAGGGGGGGCUGGGAUGGGGGGAGCCCCUGGACCGAGGGGACCCCCCCAUCCCCCCCCCCCCGACCCCCCCUCCUCGGAGCCCGCUCCGCUCCGUGAGCCCAAAUAAAAGCAGGGAUUCUCCAA